AUGCUUGGUUUGGAAUCAUCGCAAACGCAAUAUUUUCAAACUUUUGAAAAUUUUGUGGAUGAAAUUAAAAUAAAUAUUUUUAAAUAUGUCAAUCACCCUCUGAACUUGGCUCUAACAUGUCGAAAAUGGUCUAUUGUUGUAAAAGAUCCUUACGCUAAAACUGAAUGGUUGAUAGUAAAUUAUGGAAAAGCACACGCAUUAUUUCAAGCCAUAAGACUAGGUCCUACAUUUAUCGACAUGGCAUUAUGUCAAGUUUUAAUUGAAAGAAAAGUUAUAACAUCGAAAUUUUUUAUCCAAAUAUUGCUAAAGUACUUUGGUAAUAAUAAAAAAUUAUUUAGUUCCGACAAAAUUCAUGCUUUUCGACAAAAGAUAAAAUCAACUUAUUUAUUAAACGAAAGAUAUAAUCAAUCGGUUAAUAAUAAGAGAGAUUUAUUAUAUUCGAAAGGUAACGAAGUGCAGCUGAUUCGUACCUUCAUUGCCACUCAUCACAUAAAUCAUACUUCUGCUGGGAUGUUGUCAAAAAAGAAUUUUAAUUAUAUCGAAGAUUUGAUUAGUCAACUCAUUGGUCCAUCUAGAUCAAAGUCACUUCAGAUGUAUUUUAAUGGUGAUUUUAAUAUUCGUCAAUCACAUAAAUAUGGCGCAAUAAGAUUUUUUGGAGAAAGUUUUUCAAGGUCUUUAACUGUCUUACCUGUUUUUAUUAAUAAUGUUGGAAUAUUGGGAGCACAACCUUUAAGAAAUGUGAAUCAAAGACGAUGGAAUCGGCUUCGACGAUAUAGGAAUAGAUAUGCUCGGUUUAAUGGACCCAUUAAUAACGAAGAUACAUUGAAUCGAAUCGCAUGCCUACCUAUCCAACAAAUUAGGAAUGAACCAUUGAUAAAUCAAUUUUUCAAUGGGUCUCCAUUCAUUUAG